CUGGCCCGUGCUCAGACGCGAAAAUCCGCGUGCUGGAAAUAAUAGAGCGCGUUCUAUAAUCAGUAAGAACAGCACGAUUAUCUACUCUAUACCUAGAGAUUAUGGUCUAUACCAAUUCCCUGACAGGGUGCGGUUAUUUCUGGAUUUCUUUGUGUGGUUAGAAAUAGGGGCGUUUUCUUUCUCUCCCUGAUUCUGGUUCCCAGAUAAAGAUCCGCCCUCGUUUUCUCUCUCCUCACUCUCCCCCCAUUACUCCCUGAAAUCAGACGAGCAUCGCCAGUGGUAUCCUGCUAUUGAUAUUUCGCGCAGAAGGGGGAACGAGAUAUGUCUGUGUUAACAACCCCGUCCACUCCUACGGAUUCGGUAGCGGGGAGUGUCCUACAGCCGACCUCCACGCGCGCGUCAUCACUCAUGGCGGACUCGGUGGACCAGGACACGAAGGUGACCCCAGAGAUGGAAACUGAUGGUACCGGCACGAAUGAAGAUCCAAUGGAUGAUUUGGUUGGUAUGGAUGGCAAGGCUAAGGCCUUGAUGCAUCUGCUGAAGACCAGUUCGGUCUUCGUGGCUAUCAUGGCGGAUAAGAUGAAGAAGCAACAAGAGGAAGCGAGGUUGGAAGCUGCUAAACAACAGUCAUUGCUGCCGCAGUCUCAGCAAACAGUACAGGGAAAGAAGAAGCCCGCGGCCGCAGAACCGAUCGGAAAGCGAACCACGCGUGCAAAUGCGAAUAAGCCAGUGGUGCCGGAAGAAAUACCUGAAGAAAAUAUUCAAACAGGGAAAUCAAGGCGAGGACGACAGAAGAAAGCUGCUGCAGCUGGGAAUAGCAUAUCUAGCUACUUCAAGAAGGCUGAUGUGGACCUGACAACAGACAAACCCACUGUGCAGGAAGCUCUAGAGCAUGCGGCAGAUGAGCUCGAAGCCAAUCCCACGGCUAUUGGCGAGCAGGAACUUGUUGCAACACAGCAGCCCGAGCUGGUAACCGGCGGAAAGAUGAGGAAAUACCAGCUUGAGGGUCUCGAAUGGCUCAAAUCAUUAUACAUGAACGGGCUGUGUGGUAUUCUCGCAGAUGAGAUGGGCCUUGGGAAAACCGUGCAGACUAUCUCCUUGAUUGCUUUCUUCAAACAGAACGGGAUAUCCGGGCCCUUCCUCAUAGCUGCACCUCUUAGUACCGUCAGCAAUUGGGUGGAUGAAUUCGCUAGAUGGACUCCCAGUAUCAAGACUGUUUUGUACCACGGUUCCAAGGAGAACCGUGCGGAGAUCAGGAAAAACCAUAUGAAGCUGAGCCAGCAGGGCGACAAGGAUUUCCCGGUGAUCUGUACCUCCUAUGAGAUUUGUAUGAACGACCGGAAAUUCCUCUCACAGUACCGGUGGUCAUAUAUCGUUGUUGACGAGGGACACCGCUUGAAGAAUAUGAAUUGCCGACUUAUCAAGGAACUCAUGAGUUAUAGUUCUGCAAAUAGACUCCUCAUCACCGGGACUCCUUUGCAGAACAAUAUAACCGAGCUCUGGUCUCUCUUGCAUUUCUUACUACCGCAAAUCUUCAACGACCUCAGAAGCUUUGAGAGCUGGUUCGAUUUCUCUUCGGUGCUUGACAAUAGUGGCGAGGUCGACAUUAUCGAACGUCGGAAGCGCAACCUAGUCACUGCGAUGCAUUCCAUCCUGAAACCAUUCCUUUUGAGACGCUUGAAGACAGAUGUGGAGACCUCUUUACCCAAAAAGCGAGAGUACAUUCUCUACGCACCGCUCACCACCGAGCAGAAGGAUCUCUAUCGGGAGAUUCUCAACGGAACAGGCCGCAAAUAUCUCGAGGAGAAAGCGACGGCAAGACUCAUCGCCAAGAAUGAACGACUCUCCCGUUCAGCCAGUUUGAAACGUGGCGCUGAAGAGAGCGAAGCCCCUACACCUAACAAGAGUCUGAGAUCAAGUCGUACAUCCACGCCUUCCAGCAGUGCUAGCUCUAGAAGGCGUAGAGCCACCCAGAGUUAUAGGGAAAUCAGCGAUCGCGAGUUUAAUGCGAAGCUUCGGAAGCUUGAGGAUGGUAUUGAAGAUGAGGAAUCCGAGAUACUGGAGCCAGGUGAAACAGAACAGGAGGAAAUCGAAAGAGCAAAGACCAUCAAACUUGCCAAGAAAGAGAUUGCGAACAAAAAAAUGCAGAACCCAGUCAUGCAAGCCCGUCUAGCCUGCAAUUCCCCCCACAAUUUCUACUGGCCAUGGGGAGACGAGACUACGACGGUUGACGAGACUCUGGUUACUGCAUCUGGGAAAAUGUUGCUUCUCGAUCGCCUUGUUCCUUGUCUUUUAUCCAAGGGUCACAAGAUCCUGAUAUUCUCACAGUUCAAGACACAACUAGACAUCAUCCAAGACUGGGCAACACACCUACGCUCAUGGUACUGUUGCCGUAUUGACGGUGCAAUCAGUCAGACCGACCGCCACGCUCAGAUCAAAGCCUUCAACACCGACCCGAACCACAAGAUCUUCCUUCUCAGCACCCGUGCAGGAGGCCAAGGCAUCAACCUUGUCGCUGCCGACACGGUCAUUCUCUUCGACUCGGACUGGAAUCCGCAGCAGGAUCUCCAGGCACAGGAUCGUGCUCACCGCAUCGGCCAGACCAAGCCUGUGGUUGUGUACCGGCUCGCGACGAAGGGUACAGUGGAGCAGACGCUCCUGGAGAAAGCCGAUUCGAAACGCCGCCUGGAACGACUGGUCAUCCAGAAGGGCAAAUUCAAGAGCCUUCUCGACUCUGGCCCUCUAAACGAGGUUGAAGAGCUCCGCAAGGCCCUCGGCGAAGAUGAGUUUGAACGCUUCGAGGCCGGCGCCGAUCCCAGUGCUAUCCUCUCCGAUCGUGAUCUGGAGAUCUUGACCGAUCGAAGCGAAGAGGCCUACGUUCGCGCCGAGAAGGGUCUGGACAAGAGCGGGCCCGCGUUCAUGGCGGUGGAGACCAGGCCAGUCCAAGACGGUAUCAUGGAUGGUAUUACUCGGAAAUGAUAACGCAUUAUACGGCUCGAAUCGGGCUAGGUCAAGAGGGAUAUGUGAUUGUGAGCGCUGGCGUUUUGUGUGUGGUGAUUGAUAGAAAAAAAAAUCCCCUACGCGGCUUGGGGUUUGUACGGCGUACUGUUAUGUUGAGCGUGUACUCUUCUUAGCUUAUAUCCUUUGCUUCCUACCAGCGUAACAUCAAUAGAGGCUCUAUUGGG